AUGUCGACAGUUGGAGAACUUGCUUGCAGCUACGCUGUUAUGAUCCUUGAGGACGAGGGCAUUUCCAUCACUUCUGAGAAGAUUGCCACCGUGGUCAAAGCUGCUGGUCUCGAGAUUGAGGGUUACUGGCCAAUGCUCUUCGCCAAGAUGGCUGAGAAGCGUAACGUCACCGACCUCAUCAUGAACGUCGGUGCUGGUGGCGGUGGAGGUGGUGCACCAGUCACCGCAGCUGCACCAGCUGCUGGAGGUGGUGGUGCUGCCGCUGCUGCUCCCGCUAAGGAGGAGAAGAAGGAUGAGCCAGCAGAAGAGAGUGAUGGAGAUCUUGGAUUCGGCUUGUUCGAUUAG